ACGUGGCUGGCAACACUGCACACCCAUAGGACAGGAAUACUAAUAGGACCCAGCAAACCAGAGCCUAGACUCCGGUAAAAUUCUCAUUAAAUAUAUUCUCAUUAAAUAGCCUAGGCAUAGCCUAGUCUAGCACUACCAUGGGAAAUGGUUACACUAUGAAACAAUUAAUUAUAUUUGCAAAAAGUUGUCAAAGGUAUUAGAUCAAAUUGCAGUGUCCACAGUGCUACAAUAUUGCUUCGACGUCUAGCUGUCCAGUUGCUGAAAUCCCACGCGCAGUUUUUCGUAGGAUAAUUAGUCGGUUCUAAUUUCUUAUGUAACAUAUAAUUAAACAAAUUGAAACAAGACUCGCAAUAGCCUAAACCUUUGCUAUUUUGUGAUAUUGGAUGACCUAGGCCUGCUGUAGCCCUUUCCUGCAGUCAAUGACCAAAAGCGCCCUCUUUGGCCUCAUGGGUGGAAUGUUAUUCAUAUAUUUCAUCAUUAAUAAAAACUUUGUUUUACUUCGAAAAUCCGGUGUUUCUAUGUCAAAGAGUUUUGUUAUAAUUCAGUCUCCUGUGAUGUAUUUGAAAUGUAGUAUUGGGAUGCAAACUCAAAAUGUAAUACAUUUCAACUCUAUAUCUGACAUGGUACAGUGUUGUUCUUUUUUAAGCCAAUAACCAUGUGUGUGAGGUGUAUACUUUUGUUUCGAAGUAGAUUUGUUUAAGACUUCCAAUAAUUACUAUAUGUGACCCUGAUUUAGCCCACUGCAGUAAUUAACCAGACUGUAGAAAUGCCCUAGGUUAGUUGUUCAUUGCGUUCGUGCUCUUCUCUUCAGGGUGCGCGACCGUUAAUCUCCAAGGAGAUACGUUCGAGUUCGAGUUCGCUGAACUGUGUCAUCUGAGCAAAAAGGCGAAAGACAGCAAGUUCUGCAACAAUCACUAACAGUAGCCUAAUAAAACAUGGAUGAAUAUCUUUUAAGUUUGGAAACAAAUGUAACUUGUAACAAACCAGAAGUAGUUCUCACUAUUUUACACUUCAAUGAUGUGUACGAAAUAGAAGCAAGACCAGAAGAACCCGUUGGCGGUGCUGCAAGGUAAAGGUUAGCUAAUCCUAGCAAGCUAACGUUAGUUAGCGAGUCUCGAAAGGAAAUGUAGGCUCAACAUUAACUUUAACGUUAGUUGCCUUGAUCCAGCCUUGUGGAAACUUCACUUUGUCUAGCUUUGGGCAAUCUAACUAGUCUUUGUAUGGGAUACAUUAGAAUUUCACAAAACGAAAUGUUGGCUGUGGUUUUCUCCCCCCAGGUUUGCCACUGCUCUAAAAGUAUUCCAGUCGCUGAAUCCUUUAGUAGUUUUCAGUGGUGACUGUUUGAGCCCUUCUUUGCUAAGCACAGUCACCAAGGGAAAGCACAUGGUAGAUGUUCUAAAUAAAUUAGGAGUCCAUUGUGCGGUGUAUGGUAAGUGUGUCUCUCCAACCAUGCGUUACUAUUUCAUUGUAUACACACAAAUAAUCCAGAGAACAUCUCUGAACUCUCUCUUUUAUGACCUUCUCUUUCUCUCUCUCUUUCUCGCUCUCACACACACACACACACACACACACACACACACACACACACACACACACACACACACACACACACACACACACACACACACACACACACACACACACACACACACCUUCCUCAAAACUUUAUGUAUUUUCAUUGUCUUCUUCUAAGGAAAUCAUGAGUUUGAUUUCGGCGUGGACCACUUGGAAGAGCAGACAAAAAAUAUGACCUUCCCAUGGUUCCUCAGCAAUGUGUACGACAGGUUCACUCAUGAAACGCUGGGCCAUGGCAUGGUUAGUAGCAUCCUGGAGUGUAACAGCCUAAAGAUCGGUGUCAUGGGCCUGGUAGAGGAGGACUGGCUGGAUACCCUGGGCACUGUGGACAAGAACAACAUCCACUACACAGACUAUGUGGAGACAGCUGAUCGCCUUUCUGCUGAGCUGAGGGACAAAGGGGCUGACCUGGUCAUCGCAGUCACACACAUGAGGUGGCGUAAUGACAUCAGGCUAGCAUCCGAGUCCAACGGUGUGGAUCUCAUCCUGGGAGGACAUGACCAUGAGUACGGGGUUCUGGAGGUCAAUGGGAUUCUGAUCGUAAAGAGUGGCUCAGAGUUCAGGUACCUGUCAAAGAUUGACGUUGUGAAGGACCAGGAUGGAACGUUCAAGUACACCUGUGAAAAGAGAGCUACAAUGAGAGAACUUGAGGAAGAUGCGGAAAUCAAACAGAUUGUGAAAGGAUACACUGAUAAUAUGCAGCAUAUGCUUGGAGAGGUCCUGUGCCACACAGACGUGACCUUGGAUGGACGCUGCGCCACCGUGAGACGAGCAGAGUGCAACCUGGGUAAUUUGAUCACCAACGCCAUGCUGGAGGCCACUCAUGCUGAGGCGGCGAUUUUAAACUCAGGUACUCUGCGUUCUGACCGCUUGCACCCGGCGGGUCCCCUGACCAUGCAUGACCUGCUGCAGAUCCUGCCACUAAAGGACCCCGUGCUGGUGGUGGAGGCCACGGGGCAGCAGCUCUACGAAGGCCUGGAGAACGGGGUCAGCAUCUACCCUGAUUUAGAUGGAAGAUUUCCCCAGGUUUCAGGGAUCCAGUUUGGCUUUGAUCCCAAUGGAAAACCUGGCCACAGAGUCAUCGCUAAGACAGUGAAGGUUCAAGGCAAGAGUCUAGAUAGAGACAGAAAGUAUGCGGUGGCCAUGAAAGAAUUCUUAACUAAGGGCAAAGAUGGCUACACUAUGUUCAGUAGCUGUCCUCAUAGGCAUGACAUAGAGAAUGCUCAGAUCCUGUCGACCAUCCUCAUCAACCACUUUGAGUCUGGCCAGAUCGUCAGAGGCACGAAGAGGUGCAUGUCUGGCCACAGGAUGGGCCUCAUCAAGGUGUCCAGCAGCCCCUCUGUGUCUGCCAUUGAAAGUACCAAGAGUGAGAAUCUGGAGGGAGAGGAGGUGGGAGUGGCUGUGGUGCCCGGAGUGGAGGGCAGGAUAUUCCAUGUCUACCCUGAGGGCCAAUCAGAAACAGAAGGCUAACAGUGGGCAGGAAAGAAGAAGUAGCAGAGAAAGUAGAAGAUGAUGAAGCCGGUGACCCAGUUGGCGGACUAGAUAUACUGUAUAUAAUGACCAUGUCCAUGUCGAAGCGCCAGCCGCGAGAAUCGUUCUCAAAGUCCAUGGCGUCCCCCAGUUCCGUGGGGGAACUGACGCCUGGCUAUCGCACUAGCUUGCCUUUGGAAACCUCGAGAGGGGUUAGAAUGACAGGAGAAAAUCAGGUUAUUUCAACUUUUGGUCACACUUUAUUCGGAUAUUCCGGAUUUCUAUAUUAUCAACAAACUAUCUGUUGAUAAUCAACUGCUUGCUAAGGUUAGACAUAGGUUUAGGGUUAGGGUAAGGAUUACGUUUAGGGUUAGGAUAAGGGUUAAGGUUAGGGUUAAAGCUAGGAUUAGUAGCUCAGUCCUGUGUAGCUCAAUUGGUAGAGCUUAGCGCUUGUAACGCCAGGGUUAUGGGUUCAAUUUAAAAUGUAUGCACUCACUACUGUAAGUCACUCUGGAUAACAGCAUCUACUAAAAUGUAAAAAUGUAGAUAGUUAGUUGAAAUGUUACUGAUAGUCUGUAGAUAGUCUGUAGAGAAUCUUCAGAUGGACAAUCCAAAUAAAUCUGCAUGUACGUUAAUCAAGUACACAGUAAGUGAUAAAUAAUAAUGAUGUAAUCAUUGCAUAUUGGCAAUAAAUAAAUACAUUAC